AUGCAGCUUAAUAAUAAUUUUUUCGCCCUUCUUUACUUUUUAGGAUCGUUAGGCAUUUACGUUUUAGCGGGGAGAGACUUCUACAAAAUUUUAGGUGUUGACAGAAAUGCAAACACAAAUGAAAUAAAAAAAGCCUACAGAAACUUAGCUAAAGAAUUACAUCCAGAUAAAAAUAAAGGUGACCCAGAGGCAGAAAAUAAGUUCAGGGAUUUGGGGGAAGCUUAUGAAGUGUUAUCCGACAAAGAUAAACGUAAAACUUAUGACAAAGGAGGGGAAGAGGCAUUAAAGCAGCAAGGAGGGUUUUCUGAUCCAUUUGAUUCGUUCUCUAGUUUUUUUGGAGACUUUGGAUUUGGAUUUGGUGGCUCAUCUCACCAGGAAAGAGAAAUUCCAAAAGGUGGUGAUGUUGUUCUAAGUCUCGACGUAACACUUGAGGAGUUGUACAAUGGCAAUUUUAUUGAGGUAGUUCGUUAUAAGCCUGUUGCAAAACCAACAAGUGGCACUCGAAAGUGCAACUGUCGCCCUGAAAUGAAGACAAUUCAGUUGGGUCCUGGAAGGUUCCAGAUGGUACAGCAACAAGUCUGUGAUGACUGUCCUAAUAUCAAAAUGGUUCCAGAAGAGAAGUUGCUAGAAAUUGAAAUAGAAAAGGGUAUGAGGGAUGGUCAGACGUAUCCAUUCGUUGCAGAAGGUGAGCCUCAUAUGGACGGAGAGCCAGGGGACCUAAAGUUCAUCAUCAAUCAAAUGAAACAUUCUGUGUUUGAGAGGCGAGGAGAUGAUUUGUACACGAACAUCACAAUCAGUCUUCUUGAUGCUCUCACUGGCUUCAGGUUGGACAUCGUUCACCUCGAUGGCCAUAAGGUUAGCAUCAGUCGGGACAAAAUAACAUGGCCGGGGGCAAAGAUUUUAAAGAAGGGAGAGGGAAUGCCAAACUAUGAGAACAACAAUGCAAAAGGAACGCUAUACAUCACAUUUGAUGUUGAAUUUCCAAGGGGUGAACUAGCCAGUGACGCCAAACAAGAAAUGCAGAAAUUGCUACAACAAGAAAGAAGUCAACGGGUAUAUAACGGGCUGCAGGGCUAUUAA